AUGGCAGCCGAACGAGGUGGAUUUACUCGUGGCUUCGGUGGCAAACCGCAACAAGGUGGAAGGUCGCGUCCAAAAAACAAUGCAAGACCUGAUGACGAGAUUAAACAAUGGGUUCCUGUGACCAAACUAGGCAGACUUACUCAGGAAGGAAAAAUCACCUCUAUAGAAGAUAUCUACCUCCAUUCAAUCCCUAUUAAGGAAUAUCAAAUUGUGGAUUAUUUCUUCCAGCCCGAGAUGAGCGACCAUAAAUUGAAGGAUGAUGUGGUUAAAAUUAUCCCCGUGCAGAAACAGACUAAUGCGGGUCAACGUACUAGAUUUAAGGCAAUUGUAGCUAUUGGCGAUGGAAAUGGCCAUUGUGGAUUGGGAACUAAAUGUGCCAAGGAAGUUGCCACUGCAAUUCGUGGUGCCAUUAUUUACGCUAAAUUAUCACUCAUUCCGGUUAGACGUGGAUACUGGGGAAAUAAAAUCGGAGACCCUCACACAGUACCGAUGAAAGUAUCUGGUAAAUGUGGAAGCGUUAGGGUUCGUCUCAUUCCCGCGCCCCGUGGAACCCAAAUUGUAGGAGCUCCUACAACUAAAAAGUUGCUAUCUUUUGCUGGAGUGAAAGAUUGUUUCUCCUCCUCCUCCGGGCACACUAAAACCCGUGGUAAUUUCUUAAAGGCUGUAUUUGAUGCUCUAAGCCAAACAUAUGGAUAUCUCACUCCAGAUUUGUGGAGAAAGAUUAAAUUGCAGCCUUCACCAUUUGAGCAAUGGUCCGGGUAUAUGGUGCAUGUUAACCAAUCACGGAGGAGAUAG